UCAUCACCAUCGACCUGAAACACACACGUAUUACAGAAUACGGACUUAUUAUACACGAGUGUGCGCGUGUGCAAGAUGUUUCGCUUUCCUCUUGUUCGCGUUCAAAGAAUCCUGAGAAAACCUAACGUCUGUGCUUUAAGAUUCACAUCUUCGCAGCAAAGCGCUGAAUCCGAUGAGGAAUUCGAUAAUAGGUACGAGGCUUAUUUCGCUAAAGAUGGAAUGGACGCGUGGGCGAUCCGCAAGGGCAUUAACGACAUCGUCGGACAAGAUUUGAUACCGGAACCGAAGAUCAUCGUCGCUGCUUUGAAGGCUUGCCGAAGAGUGAACGAUUUCGCUGUAGCCAUUCGCUUUUUGGAAGCAAUCAAGAACAAGUGCGGUUCAAGAGUGGACGAGAUUUAUCCUUACAUCAUCCAGGAAAUACGUCCAACUCUAACGGAAUUGGGGAUCAAUACACCCGAAGAGCUCGGCUUCGAUAAACCGGAAUUGGCUGUACAGAAUGUCUACGAAAUGCAUUGAAUACAUUUCAUGUAUAUUCAAUAGAAAAUAAAGUAAUUUCUUUGAUUUA